AAGCCUGACAUUGCUGCUUGUGCAUAAUCCUGGUUUCUCUCCUGGGAUACGCAGCAUGCACCCCAGGGAAGUGAUCCAUGGCCAUGGUGAAGCAGCUGGCACCGAGGUGAGCCCCCGCUGGUGCGGUGACUCCUGUCCCAGCCCCCCUCCUGUCUCUGGCGGUACCGGUGGCAGAGAGAUGGGCGAGCACAAGAUGAGGCUUCCCCGCCGGCUGGGCCCACAGCCAGCACCGCUGGACGGCUCAGCUGUUUCCCAUCCGCUUGUUCGGUGCUUUGGAAGCGUUACAAGCACGCGGCGCUGAGGAGCCCCGGGCCGGGGUGGGCACCUCCCGCUCCCGGCGCUGCUCCGCUCGGCCCGUGGGAGCUUUUCCCGGCGGGGAGGCCCCGAAGGCAGAGCCCAGCGGCGAGGCGGGCCCGAGGCGGGGCCGGGGCCGCCCUCCGGUAGCGGCGGCGGGAUGCGGCUGCUGGAGCUGUGCCUGGCGCUCCUCUACGCCGCCGGCACCGGCACCGGCACCGAACCGCCGAGGGCAGCCCGGGAGCAGCCGCUGGCCCCGGGACGCGGGGACCCCGGGGCGGCCCGCGUGGACCCCCGGCAGGCGUGGAUGCUGCUGGCCGGGAGCCCCGGGAGGGGCAGCGGCGAUCGGGGCCGCGGCGGCUCCGGGGCUCUCACGGCACUAUCGGGCCUCGGCUCUCCGGGAAAAACAACCGCGGGUGCCGCGCAGGCCGGCGGGACCGGGGCUGGCCCGGCCGCCCCCGCCGUGCCCGAGGAGCUGCUGAGGGAGCUGCAGCUCCUGCUCAGAGGCAUGGCAAAGAUGUGCAGGACAGCUGGGGAAGGGUGUAAGGAGGAGGAAAGCAGCAAAGGCAGCGCCCAGGCCGUGGCCCAGCGUCGUGUGGAAGCAGCUUUCCAUUGCCAAACGCGUGCAGACAUCGCUGUGGAGCAGAAGACGUGGCAGGAGCUGGGGCUGUUCUACAUUCCUGAGAGGGAGGGGAUGUUCCACCGCGGCCCGGGGCUGAACCUGACCAGCGGACAGUACACAGCCCCCCUUGCAGGAUACUACACCUUCAGCACCACGCUGCACAUUGCGCGCAGGGAGCCGCGGAGAAAGAGGCAGGGAUGCCGAGGGAGCCGCCUGCGGGUGCUGAUCUGUGUGCAGUCCUGCUGCCAGCACAACAGCCAUCUGGAGAGCAUAUCCCAACUGGAGAGCAGUGGGGACCUUUUCACAAUCUCUGUCACAGGCACCCUUUACCUGCAGGCUGGGCAGUAUGCCUCUGUUUUUGUGGACAACACGGCAGGCUCUCCCCUCACCAUUCAAAGUGGCUCCGAUUUCAGUGCUAUUCUGCUGGGAGUGUGAAGAGGCUGAACCACGCUGAACCUGUGCCAGGAGCAGCCAGACCCUUCCCUCUGCCAGCCACCAUCCCCUGCUCAGCACCAAACCUAAGGAAGACCAUUUGCUCAUGCAGGGAGCUGCAGUCUGGUCCAAUACUGCUCGUGCUGAAGAUGGACAAAAGAUCAUGAAGAUGAUGAUGAUGAUGAUGAUAGCAAUAAAGCAGCCUGAGCAGGA